UCACUGUUGGUUCUUCCGGAACCUUCCAACCUCGCCUCGGACCCCCCCUUAACCAUCAGCAAAAUCUCAAUCCGCUCCCCAACCGUACAAACCCUCGGAAAAUAAAAAAUAAAAAAUAAAAAAUAAAACUCUUAAAUCGACGACAUCAAAACCCUAGAAAUCUCGGUUUCAGCUACAUCGAUCUUCAGUAAUGGGGGUGGACUACUACAAGCUCCUGCAAGUCGAUCGCAACGCCAAAGACGACGACCUCAAGAAAGCCUAUCGCAAGCUCGCCAUGAAGUGGCACCCCGACAAAAACCCUAACAACAAGAAAGAGGCCGAAGCCAAAUUCAAGCAGAUCUCCGAAGCCUACGAUGUUCUAAGCGAUCCGCAGAAGCGAGCGAUCUACGAUCAGUACGGCGAAGAGGGGCUGAAGGGCCAGGUUCCGCCGCCAUCUUCCGGUGGAUCGUCGUUCUUUCCCGGUGCCGGUGGUGGCGGGGCCGUGCCUAAUGUGUUCAGAUUCAACCCAAGGAGCGCGGAUGAUAUUUUUGCGGAGUUUUUCGGGUCAGCAAGCCCGUUUGGGGGGAUGGGAAUGAGGGGAGGAGGGUCGAGAUUUCCCGGAGGAGGGAUGUUUGGGGAAGAUAUGUUCGGGUCAAAUUUCGGUGGUGGAGGGGAGGGUUCGAUGCAUGUUCCUUCGCGGCCGCAGAAGGCGGCGCCGAUCGAGAACAGGCUGCCGUGUAGUUUGGAGGAUUUGUACAAGGGGACCACCAAGAAGAUGAAGAUUUCGAGGGAGAUUGCGGAUAUGAGUGGUUUGAUGUUUGUAUCAAGGUUUCAAGAGGCAGCUCCCCCCAGAUGAGAUUUUGGAGAUGCCAGCUGAUGCUUGACCCUGAAUUCGAGUUUGGGCAAGAAUCAAAUUAGAAAUGGUUUAGGAGAUGAAAGUCACUGAAUGCUAAAGCCAUCUGAAGCCCAUUAGCACAAAAUCAUUGUCUCCCUUAUCUUGAUCUGACAAUUGAUGUUAUGCCAUAAAAAUCAACAGCUGUGGAUGUGAAUUCUUCUUGUAUCUUUUGCUUUCUGGGUCUUAUUAUUUCUCGUUGUAUCUUAUUAAUACUGCCAGAAGGGAGAGGGGGGAUGACAUAUUGGAAGUACAGUUCAUGAUGCUAUAGAAUUAUGGCUUGCAGUGAUUCAUUCAUAUUCAUUGCCUUCCCAUUCUCAUUAUGGCUUGCAGUGAUUCAUUCAUAUUCAUUGCCUUGUCGCAACAUUUCUUCUCUGACUACACACGACAAACUCAUGGCAUGCAUUUUGCAGUUAAACCUAUUUCUGAAAAUCUAAUAGUGAUACGUGAAUUAUAUAUUCUUCUACAGCGAGCAUGCUUUCUAGCGACACGUUAUAACUUUUGAAUUGUUACUGUAUUUUUUUUCUUCUUUUGUAUUUUCCAUUUACUUCCAUUCUAUCUACAGCCUUAAACGUU